AUGGCGGCAACAUUGGACCAACCACACCUGGAUCCGCUCGGGGGUGGCCCCGUUGUCGACUCGGCCUCGAUUACUCCCCCUCACAGCGCCAACGGAAAGAAGUAUGCACCCGAAGGAGUCCCUUCUGAGCUAUCGGACCUCGAGUUGGACGCCAAAUCUGCAGCUGCGCUCGACGAGCCUGCAAUCAAACAGGAAGAACAAGAGGAACCGGUAGUGGAAGUGGAAGAGGAGGACAUCGAACCUGACCAUUACUAUGGCGGUGGAAAAAUCCCAGUGUUCAAACCGACAAUGGACCAGUUUCGAGACUUCCAAAAAUUCAUCAACAAGAUCGAUAAGUACGGAAUGCAGGCAGGAAUUGUCAAAGUCGUUCCACCCAAGGAAUGGACCGAAUCACUCUCGCCUCUGGACGACCCAAUCAAGUCUAUUCGCGUGAAGAACCCCAUUAUGCAAGAGUUCCACGGAUCGCACGGCACCUAUACGCAGGCCAACAUUGAACGUCAACGAUCUUACAACCUGCCUCAGUGGAAGGGCUUAUGCGAUGAAAGCAGUCACCAGCCUCCUGCUCGUCGUGGCGAGAGACGCCGAAACCAGGAACGAGCAAAUCGUGCUGCUUCUACUCCACGAGCCCAGUCCAGUCGCCCAGAGAGUCAGAAGCGCCGCCCUGGACGACCUGCUAAGCGCGGAAACCAAGUGAAAGUAAAGGAAGAGCCACCUGCGGACGAUGUCGAAAAGUCCAAGCCCGAGGGACCUCCAACUCCCGUGUCACCUGAAUCGAACCCCAUCGAGCUGAAGAGCGAGGAACUGAGCGAGGGCGAAUCGCUCCCUGCAGCUAAGCCUAAGGGCAGACAGCCCAAAUCUGUUACCUCUCGGCGCAAGAACAAUCGGGGCGACACAGUGGACAAUGUCGAUGAAGAGGCAUUCAAAGACUUCGAUUAUCGCAUCCACGACAAUGAAGAUUAUACCGCCGAGAGAUGCGAAGAACUGGAGACUGCAUAUUGGAAGUCUCUCAUGUUCAACAAUCCCAUGUAUGGCGCGGACAUGCCGGGGUCGCUCUUUGAUGAUUCUGUCGAAUCUUGGAAUGUUGCAAAAUUGCCCAAUCUGCUCGAUGUCCUUGGUCAGAAGGUACCGGGAGUCAACACGGCAUAUCUCUACCUCGGAAUGUGGAAGGCGACUUUUGCCUGGCAUCUCGAGGAUGUUGAUCUCUAUAGCAUCAACUACAUCCACUUUGGAGCCCCCAAGCAAUGGUAUAGCAUCUCGCAAGAGGACGCGCCCAAGUUUGAAGCUGCGAUGCGCAGCAUUUGGUCUAGCGACGCCAAAAACUGCGACCAAUUCCUCCGCCACAAGACAUACCUGGUAUCUCCCAGCUUGCUGAAAUCCCAAUAUGGAAUCACUGUGAAUCGCUUGGUUCACUACGAAGGGGAGUUUGUGAUUACAUUCCCCUACGGAUACCACUCUGGGUACAACAUCGGGUAUAACUGUGCCGAAUCGGUUAAUUUUGCAACCGAGAGAUGGUUGGAUUACGGCCGCAUCGCCAAAAAGUGCCACUGUGAGGACGACAGCGUUUGGAUCGACGUCGACGAGAUUGAGCGCAAGAUGCGCGGGGAAACUACCCCCGAAUACUAUGUUGAUUUCGAAAGCGAAUUUGACGGAUUCGAGGGUGCUUCAGAUCUCCUUACGCCACCACGCAGUGUACCUGAAAAGACCUCCACCCGUGGUCGAAAGCGGAAGAUCACGGGCGACGGCCCGAGCACUAAACGAUCGAAGCUCCACAUGGAAGGCCCUCGUAAGCUGCCGUGUCUGCUGUGUCCUAACAAUCUUGACUAUGAGGAUCUGCUACCGACUGAGAAUGGAAAAGGUCAUGUCCAUCGCCGCUGUGCCUUGUUUAUCGAGGAAACCAGCAUCUUGCGGGAUGAGUCGGGCAACGAGGUGGUUUGUGAUAUUGACCUGAUCCCUAAAGCACGCCUGGGUCUGAAAUGUCUGUUCUGCCGAGAAGUUCGCGGUGCAUGUUUCCAAUGCAACUUUGGCAAAUGCACUCGGGCCUACCAUGCCACUUGUGCACUUUUAGCUGGCGUUCAGGUCGAGCAUGGUGCCAUUGCCGUGAUCGCCGAUGAUGGUGUGCAUUAUACACUACCGAGCGUUGAUUUGAAGUGUAAAUUUCACCGCCAAAAACGACCAGCUGGAUUGCUGGGCGAGUCGUCUGAUUUGGAUCGCCGUGUCAUUGAGGCCGCUCGCCGCCUGACGCAGGGCGAUCUGAUUCAGUUCCAAGUCGACAAGGAGAUCAAUGGUGCCAUUGUGCUCCAAAACCGACCCCAAGAGCGGGCGCUUCUGUUGAAGGUUCUUCCACGAGGAGAUGUGAUCGAGAUGCCGUACCGUUGGAUGCUGGUCGUCCGCAAGAGCAAUUUCGCGCCCCUUGCGCCGGGAAUCCAACCCCUCCCGGCCCACUUGGUGCGAAAGCCUGAACAGCGAAAGGACUUCGAAGCUGCCGUACCACUUGCAGGCAGUGCAUUUGGCGACGGCCGAUCUCCCUAUCAGUGGGCCGAAUUUGAGACGGUGGAUGCAGCUAGAAACCAAUUUGCCCCACCGGUUACGGUUACCAUUGACAGACCGGAGCAUCUGUGGUAUUACUUGGGCACGCAGUCCACCGAGAGUAGGGCACAGUAUACGCACAACCCUACCGUGCCUAUCCACAACCCGCGGGCCAAUUUCCUGGACAGCGUCAAGUCGCUUGGCGUGGCUGGUGCCGGUGCCGGUGCUGCUCGUGCAUCGAAGAUCUCACCCCACCAUCUCUUCCAACAUGCUCCCACCGCCCCUGCCCCUCCUUACCAGCAAAUUCUUUACGCCCAACACCCAGCACUGCUACAACAUAAACACGCCUCUCUGAACGCCAACACCCCUCACCUGCCAUCCCGACCGCCCUCCUCUUCCGCCUCCUUGACGCAUCUUGCCCCUCCCCCUCCCCCUGUCCUUGCUGCCGGUGCUGCUGCUGCUGGUCCUGCGAUGCCGUCGGCCUUUCGAACUCUGCCGAAUACAUCCGCCCGCCAUACCCCCUAUCCAUCGGUCAUCAAAUCGCAUGUUCAGCAGCAGCACCACCUCCCUUCCACCAAUACCUUUGCCAACGUCCGUGAACUCAUUGCCCGGCGUCGCCUGGCUCAGAUCACCGAUCAUGCCAAUGUCUUUGCCGGGUACACGAUCGUUAGUCCGGAAUUGGUGGUACAGACCCUGCUGGGCCCCAUGGGCUCGAUUCCCCGGCCAAUGGUCUGGAGAAGCUCGAGCUCGCGAUGGCCCAGCAGCGGGUGCAGCCCCGGGCUGCCGAUGAUGCUCCGGUUCUCACUGGUGAGUCACCGCGAGCGCCUGGAUGUGAUCCAGAAGAAGGAAUCUGAAGGUAUCAAGUUGGAGACUGUUGAUCGAGGGAGCAUUGCCGCAGCAAAGAUGCCGGGUAAAUAUGCCUUUCUUGAUCAGCAACGGGCCAUGGCGCCCAAUGUCUAUCAGUCCCCAUACAAUAUGCCAUCUGGUCUCUCCGAGUACGCCAAGACGACGUAUGAACUGGUGCCAGCCCCAGACGAGCCGCCCAAGGAAUCCUUGGCCAAUGACUUCUUCGCCAGUCUCUCCCAGAUCGACAAGGAGAAAAUCAUGAAGACGUGUGGUAGCUUCGUGCAACGUGCCAUUGAGCGGUCGGCCAGUCAUAGCCGACACUCCUCUACCGCUUCAAAUCUUCGACUCUCUUCGGCGUUGGCCCAGCAGACGGAAAAUCCGACCAUCGAUAUCACCACCGUUGAGGAUCAACCAAUAUCAGGGCUCGAUCUUCCCUUGCACGCCGAUUCUCCAUGUUCCAGCUUUGGCCGAUCACAUCUUCGGCUGCAAUCGCCGGGUGAUUUCCCCAUCCACGGCCCCGAUCCCCACCCAGAUCAUCACGAUCUGUUUGGCGAUCAGCAAGCCAACACCCGCUUCUGGCAAAAUGGGCCCUGGACCGCUGGCGACGGCAAUACACCCAACGAUGAGAAUCGACCGUUCUUUGGGCCGCAUGAACGUCUGAAGCACGACUAUGCCUCCUCCGAUAUUUCCCUCGGUAAAGGAGGACCUGGGUCCUUACAUUCCGUCGACAUGGCCGGCUUUGGCUUUGAUACCGCCGAGGACCUUUGUGCCGGCCUGAGUCCAUAA